AUGUUACUUGUAUACUUAGCGGUUUUCCUUUUCAUUAGCCUUUCCCUUCAAUGGCUUUAUACACGGCUUCGAGACUUCCCAUCCGGGAAGGGAUCUCGAAGCUCUGCACACGAUCUUGAGCGCAUGGCACCAUACCCUCCGAGGCCGAUUCGAGGCCGGGGUACAUAUCGAGUCAUGAUGGACGUCCGCAAACUUGACCAACACAAUUGGUUAACAAUGGAUAAGAACUAUAUGGACGAGCAUCGAGUGAGAGCGCGUCUGCUUGAGGCGGAGAAGCCAAAAGUAUUCCAAGUUCUUCCCGAAUCUCGGGAAGCUUGUACCGAAGCAUUGACAGAAGUCGUGGCCUUCCUCUGUGAAAGGUAUCCGUGGAUGUUCGAAAGCACAAAGAAAGAUAAGGAGACAGCGGUCCAUAACAAGAAAACAGGAGAAACUUUCAUAUUUGGAGGGCCAAACAGCAGCAUGGAACCCCUUGAGGUUGCAGUGCGGCUAUCCAUGGAAGACCUGAGUAUCCUGAUAAAGAAUGCGGAUGACGAGUACUACCUACUUCUCCACAAUUCCAACAAUGGGUUCCUUGCUCGAUUGACCCCUGAAUCUCCCAUGGAACGCUCCAACUACUUUGUAGAACUAAAAGGACCAAACGAGGGUCUUUAUUCCACAUUGUUCAGACCAGAUGGACUCUCAGAGGCGACCCCCAGUCCUCGACCAUGCGAUAUCAUCAUUCGACGCGAAAGACAGACCUUUCGCAAGCUACCGCAAAGCGGAGCUCUUCUUUUCGGCGUCAAGACCACUCUCACCACACUGGAGGAGCUCCCAAGAGAGGAACUGCAUAACUUAGUUAGAGAGAUGGAAACCUGGCCUGAAGAGGUAGCAAGUUACAAAGGAAAAGAUAUCUGGGGAGAAAGUGUUCUGCAUUUCUGCCAACAAACGAUCGGGCUGCCGCAGGUGGGGUGA